GGUUCAAAAAAUAUUCCCUGAAACUCACAUUCUUGGAGUAUGGAGCCACUUUAGCGAAGUGCAGACACACUAUCCAAGUUUGCACGAGAUAAUCAGCACGUGCGAACCCUGUUCGACCAGCGGCUCAACACCGAGCUUGAAAGCCUGGACGCUUUCCCCCUCAGAUCUGUACAGCGCGGGUCGGGAGUUGGGACCGCUAAACAUCUCAGUCCGAAAGGGAAACGAGGAUAGGGAGACGCGAGAGAGAGAGAGAGAGAGGGAGAGAGAGGACAUGAACGGAAGGGAGGCAGAAAUCACAGAAAAGCGAAGCUGUGUGAAGGCGUAACGCUGUUUUGGGCGUGCGUAAAGGCGCGAAGCAAAGUAACAUUAAACGGGUAAAUGUAGACGCUUGAUUCUUGUUUUCACUGGACAUGUAUCCGCGACCGCUGAGCGAUGUUUAGAUUGUGUUGUGGGAAGAGGGAGAUCCUGGCGUUGUGGACAGACUCUUGUGUGUAUUAUCUCCUCUUUUUUUUCGCUCUGGAAAUUACUGGAAGUUCUUGUUUUUGACGUUUAACUUGUGAGGAAACGUUCAAUGCGAACGCGGUAGGUGACUCCGGACUUAGAUUUCAACAACUAAACAGACUUGAAACGCUGUUUUUUCUACAUUGUGUUGUAGGCUGUGUGGUGUGGUUCACUGAAAUGUGAGACUCUAGUGAAGUCGAUAGGCUACAUGACAAACCGCUGCAUCCAGCUGUUUUAUUUGCCACUGUUGUAACCCUUCAUUCACGCCCUUUGUAUUGGAUAUGUUGAUAAAACUUUUUAAGAAUGAAGAAGGUUCCCGUAGCCCGUCUCUGUUUUCUGCUGCCGCCUGCUGAGCCUGAUUUGAUGAAACGCUGUGAUUAUUUGAGUCAUUCUCAAGCUUUCAUCAUUUCCAUGUUGAGAGGAGAGCAGAGCUGACAUGCGUCUGGGAUGGGGAUAUAGUGCGGUGACGUACAGCUAUUAACAUAAAGUUGUGAAACUGCCUGAUCACCGAGCCGAUAGUGAAUGAUUGAGACAUCCGGCGCUGGUAGGGAAGCGACCUUAGUGCCUGCUUAGUGCGCCGUGAACCGCCGCUCUCAGCACCGCUGUGAACCAGCUCGUGGACUCGGUUACUUUGCGAGGAGAGCCUCCGGGAGCCGCUAUGGAGGAGUGGAGACAAUGCGGGCGGUGGUUGAUAGACUGCAAGGUCCUGCCCCCGAACCACCGGGUCGUGUGGCCCUCGGCGGCCGUCUUCGACUUGGCACAGGCCCUGCGAGACGGGGUGCUCCUGUGUCAGAUGUUGCACAACCUCUCGCCGGGAUCAGUGGACCUGAAGGAGAUCAAUUUCAGACCCCAGAUGUCACAGUUCCUGUGUCUGAAGAACAUCCGGACGUUUCUCAAGGUGUGCCACGACAAGUUCGGCCUGCGCAACAGCGAGCUGUUCGACCCUUUUGACCUCUUCGACGUCAGGGACUUCGGCAAGGUAAUCUCCGCUCUGUCGAGGAUCUCCCACCACAGCAUUGCACAAAUCAAAGGCAUCAGGCCCUUCCCGUCGGAGGACACCGCUCUGAAUGAGGAUGAUGUGUACCGGAGCCUUGAGGAGCUGGCAGAUGAGCAUGACUUGGGUGAGGAUGACAUCUAUGACUGCGUGCCGUGUGAGGACGAUGGGGAUGACAUCUAUGAGGACAUCAUUAAGGUGGAAGUACGACAACCCAUGAUCAGAUACAUGCAGAAAAUGGGAAUGACAGAAGAUGACAAGAGAAACUGCUGCUUAGUGGAGAUCCAGGAGACUGAAGCAAAGUACUACAAGACUUUAGAGGACAUUGAGAAGAAUUACAUGAUCCCGUUGAAGCAAGUCUUAAGUCCACAGGAUAUGGAGGCUAUCUUUGUCAACCUGGAGGAUGUAAUCAAGGUCCACUUCGCCCUCCUGCGAGCCAUCGACCUGAACAUGGUCAGCGGAGGAAGUGGCCUGGGGAAGAUCUUCCUCGACUUUAAGGAAAGGUUGUUGAUCUACGGUCAGUACUGCAGUCACAUGGAAAACGCCCAGAAGACACUGGAUGAGCUAAUAGCAACACGUGAAGACGUCAAGAUUAAAGUAGAGGAAUGUACUAUGAAAGUGCAGGAAGGGAAGUUCAAGCUGCAGGAUCUUCUGGUGGUUCCCAUGCAGAGGGUGCUAAAGUAUCACCUACUACUGAAGGAACUUUUAAGUCACUCAACUGACCGGCCAGAAAGGCAACAACUCAAGGAGGCACUGGAAGCUAUGCAGGACCUGGCCAUGUACAUCAAUGAAGUCAAGAGGGACAACGAGACGCUGAAGAAAAUCAGCGAAUUCCAAAGUUCUAUAGAAAACCUUCAGCAGGUGAAAUUGGAGGAGUACGGGAGGCCAAAGAUAGAUGGAGAGCUGAAGGUGUGCUCCAUCGUCAACCGAACAAAACAGGACCGGUAUAUAUUCCUGUUUGAUAAAGUGGUCAUUGUCUGCAAGAGGAAAGGCUAUAGCUAUGAGCUCAAAGAGAUUAUUGAACUGCAGUCAUAUAAAAUGUCGGACGACCCCAUGAACAACAGAGACAUGAAAAAGUCGAGUGGAAAAAUGUGGUCUUACGGCUUCUACCUGAUCCACCUGCAAGGGAAGCAGGGCUUCCAGUUCUUUUGUAAAACUGAGGAGACAAAGAGGAAGUGGAUGGAGCAGUUUGAAAUGGCCAUGUCCAAUAUCAAGCCAGAGAGAGCCACAGCCAAUCAGCAUAACUUCCAGAUGCACACGUUUGAUAAGAACACCAACUGUCGAGCCUGCAAGAUGCUCUUGAGGGGCAUCUUCUAUCAGGGCUACUACUGCUCCCGCUGUGGAACCGGAGCACACAAAGAGUGUCUGGAAGUCAUCACCAUCUGUAAAAUCAAUCCCCACGACUUGGAACCUGGGAUGUCAUCAGGUCCCAAGAUGGUGGCAGUGAGGAACUACCACGGCACACCAGCACCUCCAGGGAAGACGCCACUCUGUUUUCAAACAGGAGACUUUAUCGAGCUGCUGAAGGGAGACCCCGACACGGCGUGGUGGGAGGGAAAGCUGAUACAAACACAAAAAAGUGGCUUCUUCCCCAGUUCAUGUGUAAAGCCUUGUUUGGACCCAAAGCCCUUUCAGUCAUUAUCUAGCCGGCAAUCCUCAAGGGAAGCAGAUUACUAUGGAUAUCCUUGGUUUGCAGGGAACAUGGAGCGCCAGCAGGCCGACAACCUCUUAAAAUCCCACAGCAGCGGGACUUACCUUAUCAGAGAGAGGACAGCUGAGGCAGAGAGGUUCGCCAUCAGCAUCAAAUUCAAUGAUGAAGUCAAACACAUUAAAGUCAUUGAAAAAGACAGCUGGAUUCACAUCACUGAGGCCAAGAAGUUUGAGAGUCUUUUGGAGCUGGUGGAGUACUAUCAGUCCCAUUCACUGAAAGAGAGCUUCAAGUUGUUAGAUACCACAUUGCGAUACCCCUACAAGUCGAGAGAACGCUCGCUAACACGGGCCAGUACGCGAUCACCAGCAGCCACCUGCGCUUCCUACAACUUCUCCUUCCUCAGUCCACAAGGCCUCAACUUCUCUUCUCAGAGCUCAGCUCCCUUUUGGUCAGUGUUUACUCCUAGGGUGGUCAGCACAGCAGUGGCCAGGUAUAACUUUGCAGCGCGAGACAUGAGGGAGCUUUCGCUGCGAGAGGGAGACAUCGUCAAAAUCUACAGCAAGAUCGGUGGAGACCAGGGCUGGUGGAAAGGAGAGGCCAAUGGACGAAUUGGAUGGUUUCCCUCAACCUACGUGGACGAAGAAGGAGUGCAGUAAGGCUGUGGGUGUUUUCUGGCCUGACUCCCUUUAAAUCAGGAACCAUCUUCUAUCUACUGUUCUCAGAGAAAAUUACUCACUCUCUCCAGGAAAAUAACACAAGGAGAAAAAAAAAGGACUUUUUUUUGUUGUUGUUGUUUUUGCUGGAUGCUCUUUUUUUUUUUUUUUCAGCAAGUGUUUCUACCCCGUUUCUCUAUCUUCAAUUAUGCAUCAGCUUUGUUUUUGUUUGUUUUGGGGGUUUUUAGACGGAUGUCCUGUUUAAUUUGUGUACAGGAAAGAAGAAGAAGUGGCGUGCUGUCUGCCAGACUCUGUGUGCACUGCAGAGCCUUUACUGAACUGAGGACACAGCAGAAACUGACUAUGGAUAGCUUUACUUUGAAAAAAAGGGCCCCCCUUUGGUUGCAGGUCUAUGUGAGGUGAAAUAAUUGUACAGUAUAGAUAAUUUAUUGAAUAGAGAUUAUUAUCAUGACUAAUGAUUAUUGUGGGGAAGUUGAUUUUAGCAACAGCAAAGAAUCAGCUGAGGAAAGACUAAAAUAAGAAAAAGAAAAAAAAAAGGACAGACGAUCUGUUUUCAUGUUGAGAGAUUUUGCCUUAGUUGUCAUGGUGAUGCCUUGUGGGCUGACACCAGUGGAGGGAAUUGACUUUGUUGACUGGUUUUACUUCUCCAUGUGUGCAUGUGCCCAUGUGCGGCCCACACAAACACACACACAGACCAAUGUACAGUAUGGUGCCUUUUGAAGAAUGGUCGUUGCUUACCGAACCUCAACAUCAGCCAGUAAAGAACAUUGCCACCCCCUUCUCAACAGACAGUUUGUCCACAUCCAGAGGAGGGGAGAGGCACUUACACAGCAUACUGGGGACAGCUCACCUUCUGAGUCCUCAGAAAACAAGAUGGUGACGCGUUUAACCCAUCCUUAAUUGAGACUGGAUGGACCCGCAGAGACAAGUUGGAGGGUUUUUAUAGCCAACAACAAUCACAUACACAGUUCACAUCAGUCUUGGCAUCAGGAGUCAUCGGGUGUCAUCAGCUGGAUGCGAAAGGGAACAUCAAGACAUUCCACUCGACAACCACUUCACACUUUUAAAUCUUGGUGUUUGAUGUUCUAUUGUUUGAUUUUUUUUUUUUUUUUGCACAGAAUUAAGAUUAUUAUUUCUAUUUUUUAGUUUUGAGAACUGGACCAACAGUUGUUUUUUUUAAUUAUAAUUAUUAUUAUUAUUAUUAUUAUUAUUUGAAGCCAAAUUCAGCCAUGUUUUAAUGUCUGCAUGGAGUUUGAUCGUUUGAUCGAUUGUUAUGAUUUUUUGUACCUUGCCUUAUUUUUACAGAUGACCAGGUGAUGGGUUUUUUUCCUCAAUAUUAAUCAUUUUCCAUGUGUGAAAUCUAUUUUGGUGCUGUGCGGACUGGUGAAACUUAAACAGUGUCAGAAGAGUUUUUAAUCUGAAGGAAAACUUUGUGUGCUAAUUAUCAUAAAUCCACAGAAGGAGUCCUCAAUCACUUUGUGAUUUUUCUAGGGGUGCUGUGCUCAGUGUUUCCAUUUAGUUCCAGUAAUUAAGCCAUAUACACAACAGUUUGUCAGCAUACAACUUUCAUAAAUGUAUCAGACUUUGUAAUUUGUUAUAUAGAUAUUCUAUUGUUUACUCAACCCAGCUUCCUUUAAAAGUUUAGGUCAAAUUAAUUUCAUAUUUGAAUUAAUAUAUAAUAUAUUGACUAACUCUGUUUAUAUGGCCUCAGUUUUAACCUUCAUAUAUUCCACCUACACAUUUCAGUAUUGAUAUAUCGCUUGCAGCUUACACUGAACUGUCAACUUUAUGCAAGCUUGAAAAUUUCCCAGCACACACAAAGAAAAAUACGAAAUGCUUUACAAGAAAAAUUUGAAUUUAUAUAUAGUAGCUGUUUCUGUAAAAUGGAGAAUGUCAUCUUGCUGCUAAUGGGUCAAUAAAAACAAGAGCAUCAAAGCAUUCAGCCAAACCCACUGAGAAUUAAAGUGCAAACACUGAGCACGUCAGCUCUGGCUGGUUCACAAAGACCUAUACAGAGCAGAAGAUGCUGAUAUGUUUAGUUUCUAAACUUUUGACUGUCUAUGAUGUGUGUCAUUGCAAAGGCCGACCACCCUGAGCAACACAAUGUCCUACUAGAAUUAGGGAUGGGGGUUGGUGGGUGGGUGGGGAGGGUGGGAGGGGGUCUAGUCGCUGUUUAUGUAGUGGACAAAAAACCCAUUGCAUGUGGCUAUUGAUAUGUCAACUCCUGUCAGUACAUCCUCGAAAAAAUACGUACUUCAUUGUGUACAUUUUUUUGAAAGGUUGAGUAUUUCCAAAUGAGGUCUAUCAUGAAAUAAAUAUUUCUCUUUUGUUUUAAAA